AUGAAUCGCGCAUCAAGACUUCGGCAGGCACAACAGCUGGGCCCGAUGCCCGAUCUUGUAUGGGAACGAGCCAUGCAGGUGCCGUUCCUCGAUGACAAGCCCAUGGAUGGUCCUCCAUCAUGCACAGAGCAAGACUUCAAGCGGCCGCAUCUGCGACGGUGCACCUUUGACUUUGACACGAUAAUUUGGGAGCGCAAGCUCGGCGGUGGACUCGAUGGAUAUGUUUGGAAGGUCUGGUUCGGCGAGACGGGUCCAUUUGCUUUGAAGGUGUUCUGGGAUACGGAGCCCCCAGACUUCCGUCACUACUACGCUGCCCAGCGAGAAUGCCAGAACGCUGCUGUCUUCCAAAUGAUAGAGGCAGCCAUUGCGCAGGCUGCUGUAGAGUCGAAGCCGAUCCGGGUCCUUGCUAACCCUAAAAGCAAGCAGGAAGCACGGUAUAACCUCUACGCCUUCUCCGACGAGGCCCGUUUGAUGUCUUGUCCUGAAGACCUUGAGACGGUGGAGGUUACUUCUAUGCCUCGCUUCAGAAGGUGCUAUGGGUGGCUGAAGUUCAGCGGUGAGGUAUUCAAGAAUCUACCAUUCGAAUUGAGGGCGCACCCUCGCACCGUCUCAAAGAUCCAGAGGUCCAUAUCAUCUAGUAAAGAGUACACGGCUAUUGUUUACGAGUACGUCGAGGAGGGGGAGAACGAUGAGGCUGUGGUCGAGGAAGUGGACCGGUUCUGUUGGCUCACCGGGUUUAGCCAUAACCUGUCGCCAGCGACUCGGAACUGGAAGAGCGGAGUAUUGGUCGACCUCGCAGACAUUAUUUACGCUCGUGGCUAUGGUUGGCGGCAGGGGACCUACAAACCAAGGACGGCGGAGUAUAUUUUGGUAGAAUGGUGA